AUGGACACGAACAAUGAUACAGACAUUGAAGUACUUAAAAAUGGUCCUAAAAUUAUUAAAGAAUUCAAAGAAAAACUCUUAAAUUUUUUGACGAGCUUUUCAGAAAUAAAUUUAAAUGUUGAGAAACUUGUAUAUCCUCUGGAAAUAUUUCAAGAGCAACCUGAGUUAUUAGAUCCAGAAUUAGAAGAUUUUAUUUAUCCUGUUAUUAAAAUAAUUAUAAAAGAAAUUAAAAAUAAUACAACACAAAGUUUUGUAUUUGUGAAUAAAUUAUGCUACAUAUUAUACACUUAUUGUAAGAUUAUAGGCUAUAAAAUUGUUAGUAAGUAUCCGUUUACUAUAACAAUUUAUUUUAAAAAUCUAGUAAAUUUCUUCUUUAACGAUUUUCAUUUACUUGAACCAGUUCUUCAUUAUUUGCAAAAUAUACCUCCAAAUGAUACUGAAUUAUGGGUUACAAGAUAUAUUUUUCUUCUAUGGUUAUCAUUAUUAUCUAUGACACCAUUUGAUUUAUCAGCAAUUGAUUCUAAUUUGUCUCAGAAUAUAACUAUUGUUGAUUCUUUGUUAUUUAUAUCUAAACAGUAUCUCUCUGUAUCUGGAAAAGAACGUGAUGCAGCAUCUAUUCUUGUUUCAAGACUGGUUACAAGAAAUGAUACAUAUAAAUCACAUUUGCCCUCAUUUAUAUUAUGGAUACGAAAUAAAUGGAUAUUAGAAACUACGUCUAUUUUUAUGAAAAUUGGAUUAUUAUCUUCAUUAUGUAAUAUUUUUAAAUUUAAGGAUAGAGCCUUUUUGCUUACAAUUGCAAAUAAUGUGUUUUCAUUGCUUGAGUUAAUAAUGCAAAAUGAACAUUCUAAUGAUAAAAUAAGACACUUGAUAACAAAGUUAUUACAAAGAGUAUGUUUGUGUUUUCUUAAACCAUAUAAAGCAUCUUGGAUUCAUAAAACAGAGGAAAAAAUUCUAGUUGAAAAUUUAUCCAUAAAAAAUUCAGAUAUUGAAAAAUCAUCAGAAUUUGUUGAAGAAGUAAUUGUACACUCUUCAGUCGAAAAAUCUUUAUAUUUCUUACUUGAGAAUAUUUCAGAUGCUUCUACAAUUGUUAGAUACUCAUCAGCUAAAGGGAUAAGUAGAAUUAUUUCUUAUAUGUCAAAGUCUCACGCAAAUGAAGUAAUAUCUGCUGUAAUUUCAUUAAUUAGGAAUUUAGACGGGUCUUAUUCUAUAGAAGCAUCUAGUGAUAUAAUAUGGCAUGGUACAACUAUAGCAAUUGCAGAAUUUUGUAAAAGAGGUUUAUUAUUACCUCAUAGAUUAAAAGAAAUUUUACCUAUACUUUUAAAAGCAUUAAUAUUUGAACAAAGAAGAGGGACCCAAUAUUUAGGAAGCAAUGUAAGAGAUGCGGCGUGUUAUAUAUCAUGGUCUAUAUUUCGUCGAUAUUCAAUAACGGAUGUAACACAUUUAUUUCCCUUUCUUGCAGAAUCUUUAUUAACUGUUGCUUUAUUUGAUAAAGAAACGAAUAUUAGACGAGCAGCAAGUUCUGCAUAUCAAGAAGGCGUUGGAAGAUACGGUGAAUCUAUAUUUCCUCAUGGAAUCGAAAUUAUUAAAGAAAUGAAUUUUUAUGCAUUAGGUACAAAAAAGAAUUCAUAUCUUAAUGUUUCUUUCUAUUUAUUUAAAUAUAAAGAAUAUCAAAAUUUAAUAGUUUCUUACUUAAUUGAAAAAAUGUCUAUUCAUUAUGAUAAAGAAAUACGAAAUUUAACAGCUUGUGUUUUAGGAAAAAUGACAGAAAUAAAACCAUCAAUUAUUUCAAAAAAUCUUCCAACUUUAUUAAUGAACUUUAAAAAAAAAGAUAUUAUUAUGCAACAUGGAAUCCUUGGAGUAUUAGCAAAAAUACUUCCUAAAAUACAAUUCCAAGAAUUUUCUUUUGAUAUAGUUCAAGAACUUGAAUUAAUUUGUGAAGAGAAAUUACCAAAAAAUAGUCUUCAUACUUAUCCCGAUAUUUGUGAAUCAAUUUGUCUAUAUAUUGCAGAAAUAUCCAAUACAAAAUAUGCAAAAGAAAUAUAUUUGUCAGACUGGAUAGAUUACAUAAAAUAUUCUUUGAAUAUAGAAGUUGAUAGUAUUCAAUAUCAAGCUAGCCGUGCAAUUAGUUCUAUCGCUAAAAAAAAUGAUAUUCAUCCUCAAUUAAAUAAUUUUAUUCUAUAUAUAAAAUCCAAUUUUGAUAAAUCUGAUACGCUUGUAAAUGGAUUAGUUAGUGCAUUAGGAGAAAUUGAAUACUUUGAAAAGUAUCAGGAUACGUUGGAGUGUUUUAUAAGUGUUUUAAUAGAAAUAACACCUUUAUCGGACACUGUUUUUAGAAAAAAUUCAAUUAAAACUUUAGGAAAAAUAUUACAUUCAUCAAAGAAAUAUUUAUCACUAUCAUUAUUUGAUUUUCGGUAUUUAUAUUUAGACAAAUUAAUUCAAUUGUUUUUAAACGGUUUAAAUGAUUAUUCUACAAAUCUUACUGGUGAUGUUGGAUCAUGGGUUAGAAAAGAGUCUAUGAUUUCUAUUUUCCAUAUUUUAGAAAUAGCUUUUAAUUAUAAUGAUUAUUUUCUUACGGAUACCAUAUUUCAUUCUAUUAUUGGAAGUUUAUUAAAACAAACAGUAGAAAAACUUGAUAGUAUAAGGGAGAUAGCAGGUGUUCAGCUCACAAAUAUUGUUUCCUUAUGUCGGAAUAAAAAAAUAUCAUAUCUUUCUGAAUCUAUUGAAUUUAUUGAAGAUGUUCUUAAAAAAAUUCAUAACUGGAAAGUUCUUGAAGAUAUAAUACCAAAUAUUAUUCAAUUACUUUGUAUUAAAAGAUAUCAAGAUUACAUCUUAAUAGGAUUGAUAAAUAGUAUUAGAGGGAAUGAAUCAUUGGUAAAACAAAUUGAAAAGCACGUAAUAUUUUAUUUAUCAAAACUUCCGAUUAAAGAAGAUGAUAAAGGUUCUUUGAAAUUAUUAGACAUUGGAAAUUGUUUGUUGAAACUUUGUAUAUCAAAUGUUAAUAAUAAUCAUUUUAUGAUAUGUUUUAUGGAGUUUUGCAAUAUCUUAUUCGAAACGCUAAUAUUUGAAUAUCUUGUUGGAAAAUUUGAUUUUAAACUUUUUUUUGAUUGUAUUCGAAAAAGUUCCUAUAAGAGUAAAUCCAUUCAAAAAAUAUCCUUGUCAAUUAAAAUUUAUACUGGUAUUUCAAAACUAUCUACAGAUGUUGCAUCAAAAUCUUUAUAUGAACUUUUAUUAUUAUUGCAACAUUCUUAUCCUGUGAUUAGAACUCAAGCAGCAGAAGGAUUAUAUAUGGUAUUUACUGAGAAAGAUUCAUAUAUUUCAAAUGAAAAUUUGUAUUCAAAAAUAAUAGAUAUUCUUAUAAAAACUAAUUGGGAAAAAUCAAUAGAAGAGAAUAAGGAAUAUAUAGAAAUUCUUCGGAAUAUUAUAUUAAAUUCAUGA